AUGGGUAUCUGCAGCUCGUGCGAGUCCACCACCGUGGCCACGGCUAAGCUAAUAAUGGACGACGGCGGGCUGCAGGAGUUUACUUGCCCCGUUAAAGCUUCCUAUGUGCUGCAGGCAAAUCCGGCGUACUUCAUAUGCAACUCCGACGAGAUGGAAUUCGGCGACGUGGUGUCGCCGGUGAGCGACGACGAGGAGCUCCAGCCGGGACAGCUCUACUUCGCGCUGCCGCUGAGCCGCCUGAGGCGCCGCCUGCGGGCGGAGGAGAUGGCGGCGCUGGCCGUGAAAGCGACCGCCGCCCUGGCGAGGUGCGGCUGCCGGAGUAAUAGUCUGGUGUUUCCCGGAGACGGCGGCGGGAUGGGGAAGGCGUCGGCGGCCGCCGGAUCUGGCGGGAGGACGGGCGGCGGCGCCGGGCGGAGGGGGAAAAAGCUGGCUCGGCUGAGCUCGAUUGCCGAGUAG